GGCGUUUUCUCUGAGAUAUUCUCGUCUUUUCUUUUAUGAUAUGUUUUUGCGAUAAAUACUGCGAAAGUCUCGCGAAAUAUCCAUUCGUUUGAUUAUUAUUUGAUUACAAAUUCAUUUGACAAACGAUUCGCAAAUCAGUUAUCAUUUGAGUGAUCGAUCAGUGAUUGUCAUCCGUGUCCACACAUCUGCUUACAAGUAGUGCGAAGAGACGAAGAAAUGGUUGAUUACAGCAAAUGGAAGUCAAUUGAGAUCAGUGAUGACGAGGACGACACGCAUCCCAACAUAGAUACGGCCUCUUUGUUCAGAUGGAGACAUCAGGCGAGAGUGGAGCGCAUGGAUGAGAUGCAGAAGAGUCGACAGGAGCUGAGAGACCAGAUGAAGGAGACGGAGAAGCAGCUGAAAGAGGUGUCACUUAAGGCCAAAGCGAGUGACGACAAUGAGGCUCGAGAGAAGCUCAAGAAACUGGAGUCCGAGAAGAAGGAGUUGGAGGACAAGGAGUUGGAGUUGGAGAAGAAGGAGAAGACACUGCCCUGGAAUGUGGACACCAUCUCGAAGGAGGGCUGGAGUAAGACUGUUAUCAACAAACCGGUGCCCAAAGCAGACAGAAGUCAGUUGAGUGACGAGGAGUUGGAGAAGAUAUACAAAGAGUUCGUCUCUAAGAAUGAGUCCAAAAUCAAACACUUCGGCCUUCUGUCCAAAGCAGACGACUGCAAGCAGUACCUGAUGGCUAAUCAGGAGUUAGUGUGUGAAGAGACGGCUAACUAUCUGGCGCUCUGGUGUCUGAACCUCGAGAUCGAGGAAAAGCACGAAUUGAUGGAAUUUGUGGCCAAACAGGUGGUGUCCAUGCAGUACAUACUGGAGCUGUCGAAGCAGUUGGAUGUCGACCCACGCGGAUGUGUCUCUGCGUUCUUCGCGCGUAUCGACAAAGCGGACAAAGAAUACAAAGAGGCCUUUCAGGACGAGUUGUCCUCUUUUAAGGAGAGGAUCCGCGAGAGGGCCCGCAAACGCAUAGAACAGGCCAUGAAAGAGGUCGAGGAGGAAGAGCGCCAGAAGCGCAUCGGACCGGGAGGUCUCGACCCCGAAGAAGUGUUCAAUUCAUUGCCAGAAAGUCUUCAGAAGUGCUUCGAGUCGCGCGAUGUGGCGCUCCUACAGGAGACUAUCGGCCAAUUGGAUGAGAAGGACGCGCGCUAUCACAUGAAGAGGUGCGUCGACUCUGGCCUUUGGGUUCCGGACGCCAAAUACCUUCAAACGGCAGAAAACGACGAAUCGGAGCCAAAUUCAGAAGCAAUCUAUUCGGAGCCAAAACCCAAGGAUAACUAAAUUCAAGAAUUGAUUUUGAAAUUUUGUAAUUAUUUCUAAUAUUGCUAUCAUUUAAUUUAAAUUCUCUUAAAACCGAUACUUAUUUACAAUACAAUUGCAUUUUUGGACAAAAGUUUAUUUCAAAAGUUGUUUAAAAUUUUGUCUCAAAUAAGAAUUAUUUAUAAAAACAAACCCA